GAGGAACUACAUCUCUGUGUUUCCAUCAUCUACUUCCGAGGAGCUCUAGUUUCUAGGGGGACGGAUUUCAGAGUAACACACCACAUGACUGCAAGGAUGGUUCUGUGUGCAGUGAGGCGACAGCUCCUGAGGAGCAGCAGCUGUGGAUCCUGGGUCAGGCUGCUGCAGAGACGGAGCAGUGGUUGUGUUUACUCCAGCGUCGAUGGCUUCAACCAGGAGGAGAUCAGAGAGAAGCUACAGGCCUUUCCUGGAGGCUCCAUCGACCUCCUCAAACAGGAGUCAGGCAUCGCCGUGAUGACCGUCAACUACCCCUCCCGCAUGAACGCCUUCUCCGGCGGUAUGAUGGUGGAUCUGGAGGAGAGGGUGAGCCAGCUGGAGAGCUGGACAGACGGUAAAGGCCUCAUCGUUCACGGUGCUGCUGGAACAUUCUGCUCUGGAUCGGAUCUCAACGCCGUCAGGGCGAUCUCUAACCCACAGGACGGGAUGAAGAUGUGUAUGUUCAUGCAGAAUGCUCUUACCAGACUACUCAGGCUGCCUCUGAUCUCUGUUGCUCUGGUGGAGGGGAGAGCGCUGGGAGGAGGUGCUGAACUCACCACCGCCUGCGACUUCAGGUUAAUGGCAUCUGGCAGUGUGAUCCAGUUUGUCCAUAAACACAUGGGCCUGGUCCCAGGCUGGGGCGGCGCCGCUCGACUCGUCCGCAUCGUCGGAAGCCAGAAUGCACUGAAGCUGCUCGGAGGUGCUCUAAAGGUGGACCCCGAACUCGGCCAGCAGAUUGGACUGGCAGAUGGAGUCCUGGAGGUCCCCCAGGCGGAGGAGGGUGGAGGGAUUGUCCUGCAGCGGGCUGAAGACUGGCUCCGUGGCUACACGACAGGACCGGCCCCGGUGAUCCAGGCUGUGAAGAAGGUAACGUUGUCAGGGAGAGAGCUCCCUCUGUCCGAGGCUCUGAGGACUGAGAGGGAUGUGUUUGGGACGGUGUGGGGCGGUCCGGCUAACCUGCAGGCUCUGACUAGUAAACCCAAACACAGAUGAGCUUCUCAGAUCAGACAAGAGGAUCUGUCCAGGUCCAAAUAGUGGGAUUGAAAUUGAAUUAGUUAGUUCUUUGGUGUGCUGAAGACAUUUAAGUACUUCUCAUGUAAUAAGCUGAAUGUCUAACAUGUGGACUCUGUGAGACACAUGGCAAAGGGUUUCUUCAUUGUUAGUAAGGACUACAAACUUCUUCAUUUCAAUAAAUCAGCUGCGUCAUUUCCUCUAAUCCACUAAUAGUUAGAGAUCACUCAUUGUCACAUCCUUUAAUGGUUGCCGUAGCGACAUUAUACCUGCUAAUCACAAGAGGAGCUGAAAUACAAAUAUAUAAACAGCGCUGUGCUUUUUUUUGGGUCAUAUUUUGCAAACUUGACUCAAAACGAUGGACUAAAGGAAGUUUUCGGGGAUGAAAACCGAAUCAACAACAUGAAUAAAACUCCCCUGUUCCUUUGGGGUCAUAUUUCAGAAGCUGGACUGUUUACAACACAACAUUUAUUAGUUGAUCAACUGAUGUGAGAUAUGAUUUUAUUUCAUGAAUACUCUGCAGACUGAUCCUGUAUAUGAAGACUUCUUUUGUUUACAUGUUCAGUAACCUCUGCAGCAGUGAAUAUGCUGCAUGAUUCCAUGAGUAUUAUAGGGUUAUAAUUUCAAGAAUGGAUGAAAACAAGGACCUAAAGGACUCUGUUCUCUGUCUUCGAAGUCCCUCCUGUCCCCAUUAGUCAAGCAAAUGAACUCCAGCUCCCCUGUAGAUGUGAUUAUGGUAAUGAUUAGAUCAUGGCCGGGCUGAGUCUAACUGAAGCCGACAGAUAGAUACUGACUGAUGAGGUAUAACAAGCAUGAGGCAUCAGCAUCUGUCUGCAUGAUUCAGAGUAAGCUGCUGCUUUUCUUUCCUCUUUAUCUCAGUUCUGUGGGUUAGUUCAGCAGAUCCUUCAGAGUCCUCUGUGCUCGUCAUCGUGACCUUGAUCAUCCCCACUCUCUCUGUUUCUAUUCUUACUGUAGCUGUAGGUGAGAGCAGUAUUUGGCUGAGUUUCAGUACUCUGCACAAUGGUUCUCGUCUAUGCAUGUGGAAAGAUGCUGAAGCACAGGGCCAAAUGAAACAGUUAAAAUAUGCAUACUGAUGUUUUUCUUUUUGUAAAGUCAUGCACUGAUUUGUUGCUCGUUUUUCAUUUCACAUUUAAAAUUAGCCCGAGUGAGGCAUUGCAGAAGGACAACAGUGCUGAAAUGUCAAGAACAGGACAGAUCCCUGGAGGAUACCAGGCCUUUAUCUCCUGUUCCCCUUACAGAGGUCAUGUUUCCUGGCCAGACAUCGAGCUGGAGAGCUGAUAGCUGCCGUGGUCAGAAUACCAAACACCUACAAGGUGAGCGAGGGAAAGUUAGGAGUUGGCUUCGUUAUGAUAUACAGCACAUUAACAUGUAUUUAUAUGGUCUCCAAUGACAUAAAACAAUGAGGCAGUGUUGCAUACUGUACUGUGGGCAUUAUGGAUUAAUAAACCGUGGCUACGUUC